AUGGGUUCUACCAAGGAGUUAUUGACGUGGAGCGGACAAAUGCCCGGGUUGCCAAACUUGCCGCAUUUUGCGAUGGGUUUCGGCAAUGGGUCCAUCGUGGACAAGAUCCCGGCUGACAUGCUGUUUCUGGUGGACAGGCAUUGGAACCAGUUCCCCCCACUUGAUACACUCACUUACAUGAUCCUGGGGGUCUUCAUCAUCGUUGCUGGCAUGAUCAGCGUCAUCGGUAAUUUUUUUUAUCGAGUGAAAUUGAUUGAUUGA